GAUAAUUACCCGAGCAUUGUUCUAAUAUAAGAAAAACAAUAAAAAGUAUAUUGUGAAUGAUAAGAGGAGCUCUUUCGGUUUAUCCGGGGCAUUUUAAUGCAAUGUCGUGAUAUAUGGGAGGGGGCAUCAUACCCGUGAUACAGAUGCUGCAUACAUAAUGUGACGUAGUUCAUUCAUGGCGGUGGGCUUCUUCUGCAAGUAGGGGUGUCACUUAUUAACCACAUGCUAUUUUUGGAUAAUUGUGGCAAUAUUUUUGCGCUACGGUGAUAUGUUUUCAAAGUUUCGCUGUGCAGGCACCUUAAGGAUUUAAAAGCCAAACUGUAAACACCAACGUCAUCUUCAUUUUCCGUGUCACAGCUCCUUCUGCGGAAUGGUUCGGUCUCGCCACACAGAUUUCAUUCAUAAAAUUCGGACUCACUAUAAAAGGCGGGCCUCUCCACUAUAUCUGCACAGUUACCAUUUAUGAAAGCUGGCAAAUGGAGUAUAAGUAGGCGUUCAAAGGAGGGGGGGGUCUGCUGUUUACGUAGAACAUAUAGAUAGACGUAUACGGAUAGACGGCUCGGGUCUUUACUUUUUUAUGCACUGACCUCAGAAGAGAGAAAUAUAUAUAUAGCUAUAUAAAAAAAAAUGCAUCCAGACUCCAGCUCUGAGCUCGACCCAUCCUCCAGCUGUAGCCCGGCAGCGCCUGGCGGGGACACCCCUGGGUGCAGCCUGCGUCCUCCUGACUCGCUUUCAUCAUCAGUGGACAGCAACAAGGAUGGUGACAUCUCUGCACCAGCCGCCUUUGUUCCGUCUGUGACUGCAAUCUCAACGUCGCCAGAACUGAAGUGGAUGGUGCAGCCGACUGCCAUCACAUCUGGCUUUGCAAAAACCAAGACCGAUGGCGCAAACCAGUCGUCCCCAACAGGUGCAAAAAGGGCAAGAACGUGCAACAAGAAGGCGCAAAAGGAGCAGCCCUCUAAAGAAGACGAAGAGAGAAGGAGGGUUAGGAGGGAGAGGAACAAGAUUGCUGCAGCAAAGUGUCGCAACAGACGGAGGGAGCUGAUAGACAGCCUUCAAGCUGAGACUGAUUCGCUGGAAGAGGAGAAGUCAACUCUCCAAACUGAGAUAGCUGAUCUGCUGAAGGAGAAAGAGAGGCUGGAGCACAUCUUAGCUUCCCAUCGGUCCUCCUGCAAACUGCCAGCACAAGAUGACAGCGACAGGGAGGAGGAGAAGGUGGAGGAUGUUGACUCAGUGCUGCAGGACCCUCCGGCCUCCCCACAGCUGCUCUCCAUCCUGGAGAAUGUAAAGACCCCCGAGAGCAACGUAGCUGCUGGAGAAGUCCCCGCUAGUCAGGAUGCAGACCUUUCUUGUGUCCCGGCUUCUGCGGCCAUCUUGGGGAACUCCAACAUCCUCCUGUGCUCCAGUGCAGAAGAGGAGGCCUUGCAGGACCUUAAUGGAGAUGACCUUGAUGAUUUGGUGCCCAGUCUGGAGAUGGCUGCAUCUGUCCCUGACAUAGACCUCAACGGGCCCUUCUGCCUCCCAGACUGGGAAACUCUCUACAAGUCUGUGGCAAGCGACCUCGAGUCUUUGACCACGCCGGUCAUGUCUUCCAGUCCCACCUGUAGCAGCUACCGAACCGUCUUUUCCUUCAGCUGUUCUGAGAUUGAGUCCAUGGCUGAAGACUGCGAGGGCUUCAAAAGCAGUCACGCAGGGUCAGAGUUAAUGAAAGAUAGUCUUAACUCCCCAACACUCUUAGUCUUGUGAAUGCAAAUAAUUUAUGCAACAAUAUACAGUAUUUGUAUUCCAACCAGCUAGCAAGCUAUCUCUCUCAAAUAACCUUUUGUAGUGUGAGCUAUGAUGUAUAAACCUGAUAAUUAAAGGUUGUGCAUAUUGACAAUGUGUUUUCUGUAACUGUAACAGGGUUGAAUUCUUCCAUUUUGUUUCAAUUGUCUGAGUUUACAUUUGUGCUGGAAUCCAAAUGCAUGCAAAAACAAAAAAAGAGUCAUCUGUAUGCCAACAAAAAGGUGGUGAAUUAUGUUUCUAAGAAAAAAAAUCUAAAUGUGAUAUGAAGUUAACACACAUUUGAUAUAGCUUAAUAUAUGUGAAACAGUGCUAUUGUGACAAGUGAAAAUAGAGAGAUGCUAAAAUGUAGCAGUGUUGGUGUAACAUCUUGCUGUGAGGUGUCCCCUGAUCUGACUUGACAUUUAUCACCUGAAUCUUUUCCAUAACCAAAAAUCAAAAUGAAAACAUAAUCAUAUCAUGUAUUUUCUCAAGAUGUACUGUAUUUUAUGGCAUAGUUUAUUUUUUUACUCAUCAAAUAUGAUGCUGAUGCAAAAAAUGGAAUAUUGCUGAAAAUAAAACACAACAUUCACAAAUCA